AGAGGAAAAACCAAAGCUUUCCUAUAUAAAAAAAUCCUAACGAUCAGAUAGAGGCCAUGAAAGGAAAGUCCACACCGUCGGAGAAAUCGAUGACGACGUCGACGACAACAUAUUCGGUGGAAGAAUCUGAGUCCAGAGACAGCAACUGUUACUUCCCAGGUUGCAGGAAAGAUGCGAACUGCAGCUGCGAGAUUUGUCUCGACAGCAUCAACGCCACGCUCGAUCUCAUGCCUCUCAGCGUCCAGAAAAGCUCCCUCACGAGGCUCUCUUGCGCAUCGCGCUGCAAAUCUACUGUCAAAACCACUCCCAUCUCGUUCGAUCCCACGGUGGUCACCACGCCCACCUCGGUUUCUCGCCCAAUCUCGAGAGUGUCUCCCCCGAAGAUGAAGAAGAAGCAGGAGGCAAAAUCAGAGAUUCGCGAGGAGAAAGAACCGAUGAAGAAGACGAAAAUCAAGGGUACAUCUGGGAUUUGUGUUGUUCUGAGGAUGGUCAUGGUAUUGGGUUUGGUUUUUAGUUUGGAAGUAGGGUUUUGCUGGGUGAUUAAAGGGGUUUUCAAACCGGAAUUCACGGAGGCGAUUGUAAAGAAUGCGGUUCAUAGAUCUGGGGAUGUUCAGGAUCUGGAUUUGAAGUUGAAAGUCUUGGAAGAAGAAUUCAAGAGAGCUGUUAAGAAUAGAAAGCUGUCGAGCUGCAGAGACUCGGAUUCCAAAUGGAAAAUCAAUCAGGGUGGUCUGACAUUGAGCUCAAAGUGCAUCCUGUACAAAUCCACAACUGAAGAGGUGAGCAUUUGGGGAUGGCCUUUGCAGACAGCUAAAACACUCAGCCUCGGGUUUUCAUCGAGUUCGUUUACAAUCUUAUCAGGCCGAGUGACUGAGUGGAAUGACGGAAAAUUUGGCUAUUCGAUAAGGGAGGCCAACGCUUCAUGGCAAAGAACCAAAUGGAGCACUUGUGUUCUGCAACUAGAUCCCAACUCGUGGGUUCUCGAGUACAGCCGGAGUUCAGUCUUGGACAGCUCCAGUCUGAUGUCACUGACACUCGAUCUCCUCCGACACAUGAUGUUCCAAGCGGCCAGGAACAUAAACCGAGAGCUCGUCUGGUUGGCUUCCAUUUGGGAAAACAUGUACAGCUACGCAUCAUCAAAGCCAAAUCCAAUGACACCCACAUAGACAAUAGUAAAAACUUGGGAGGGAAUGUAUUUGACAAGUUGGAUACUCAUAACUUGUGAGGAAAGACAACUUUUUUUCCCUUCUCGUCUCGUUUUUAGGACUAAUUAGGAACUAUUAGCAUCUUUUAGUAGGAUAGGCUUGGAACUGAACUCUGUUUCCCGAGUCAUUUUGUUCUUACAAUAUGUGAUAAAGAUCUGGCCUUUCUGUCAA